AAAAAAAGAUGAAGUCAAAGUCAAAUUUUUAAAAGCUUUGAACUUUGGAGGAGAGAGAUAUACUCCAUUUAUCAUCUUCAUGCUCUAUACUAUAUAGCUUAUAAUUAGCUUAUCAGAAGCUAAAGCUAUGAUUAUUUUUUUAAUCAAAUAGCUAGGGCUUAGGAGAGAGAGAGAUUAGAGAAAGUUUUAAUCUUUGUUUAAGAAAAAGUUUUGUUUUUUAAAAAGAUUAGGGUUUUCAUUUCAGAAGCUCAAGAAGAAGAUGGAAGUUAGAGAGAAGAAAGAUGAGAAAAUGGAGAUGGAAAGAAGAAAAUCAUCAGCAAAUCCUCAAAUCCUAGAUCAUCGUCUUCCUCCGUACACUUACCCCCAAACCUCCGACAAAGAGAAACCCACCUCCAAAAGAAACGGGUCGGAUCCGGUUCCGGAUCCGGAUCUUGAUACCAGCCCAAUUUCUGUAGCUCCAGUUCCACGGUCAUACGUUAGGCCUCGAGCUACUUCUCCGUCUAAGAGUGUGAGAUAUAGAGAAUGCCAACGAAACCACGCGGCGAGCUCCGGCGGUCACGUGGUCGACGGUUGCGGCGAGUUUAUGUCCUCCGGAGAAGAGGGCACGGCGGAGUCACUUCUUUGCGCCGCCUGUGAUUGUCACCGGAGCUUUCAUAGGAAAGAAAUCGACGGCAUGUUUGUUGUCAAAUUCAAUAGCUUAGGACAUUCACAGAGGCCGAUCGUCAGCCGCCACGUGUCUCCGAUCAUGAUGAGCUUCGGUGGUGGCGGAGGAGGAAGAGAUCCGGCGGAGUCAUCGACGGAGGAUCUUAACAAACUCCAUCAAUCUUUUAGUGGUAAUGGAGUAGAUCAGUUUCAAUACCAUCCCAAGAAACGGUUUAGGACAAAGUUUAAUCAAGAACAAAAGGAGAAGAUGAUGGAGUUUGCUGAGAAGAUUGGGUGGAGAUUGAGCAAGCCAGAAGACGAAGAAGUGAACCGGUUUUGUCGUGAGAUUAAUGUGAAAAGACAAGUUUUUAAAGUUUGGAUGCACAACAAUAAGCAAGCAGCCAAGAAUAAAGACAUGUAAGAGACUUUUAUAUACUCUCUUUGUUCAACAAUCCUGUUAACUUAAAAGACUAUUGUGUUUACAAUUUGAAAACAAAAA